UCACCAGGUCAGGCCACACCCAUUUACCAGGCAAUGCAAUCAUGAUCACCAGUACCAUCACAGUUGUUCUUUCCAGCACAGUGUUUUUUGGAAUGAUGACAAAACCCCUGAUAGGGAUUCUGCUACCCCAACCAAAAUACACAAUGAGCAUGCUGUCUUCGGAACCCUCAUCCCCAAAAUCCUUCACAGUCCCACUCCUCACCAACGACGACCCAAACAGCCAUUCCCAAUCCCAAUCCCAUUCCCAUUCCCCUCUGGGGCUGUUCCUCCGAAUCCCGGCCCAUACGGUUCACCAUUAUUGGCGGAGAUUCGACGACGCCUUCAUGCGUCCUGUUUUUGGAGGGAGGGGCUUUGUGCCCUUCGUCCCUGGCUCCCCGACCGAAGACCCCAACCAACAAUGGCAAACUGAAGGACCACUUGAAGCCGCCGUUGAUGACAACAAAACCAUUCUUAUACAGACUCGAUGGUAAAAUAGAAGAAGAAACAAAGGUAACAACUUAAUUACUAUUACAACAUUGAUCAUUCUUUCUUUUUUUUUCCUUUUUACUUUUUCAUUUCUUUCCACACUUCUGUGUUUUGGCUUGGGGUUUGAGGGAUUUUGCUUUUUGUGGUUGAAUUCAGGUUGGUUUGAAAGAGAGAUGAUAAAGGGAAAAAAAAAAAAAAAAAAAGUUUGGUUGUUGUGUAUAGCUUAACAAGGAUGUGAGUUUUUUAUUUUUAUUUUUAUUAUUAUUAUUAUUAUUUUUUUUUUCCCCUUUUUUUGGGUGGGAGUUUUGGUGGGCUUUUGUGAAUUUUGUAAGUGUUUUUUUUUGGGAGAUUAGUUUCUGUAAAAUUUUGCUGAUUUCAAUCUAAUAUGAGCUUCUGUUUAUGCUAUUAUUUUUGUUUUUUUUUUGGUUAAAUUACAACUUUACCCUACAAACUUUCAUGGUGGUAUUUAUAAAUUUCUUAAACUCAUAAAUUGUAGGCUUGUUUUAUGUCUAACUUUAUAAUAGAGACAGUGACAGUGAUAAAGUCACUCGGCUAAUUAUAGUGUUAGGUUAUUUAAUUUUUUUUAUUGGUUUUUGGAAGAAUUAGUAACCCAAUUUCUCAUUUCAGAUAAUUAGGUCAUCUAAUUUAAUUUGUUGGGGUAAAGUAUGAGGUCCCUUUUUUAUAUUAUAAUACAUGUUCCUUCAAGCUACUA